AUGAGAUCUUCCUUGCUAUUACCUGCAUGCAAUCUCCUUCUGGUAUUCGCUUGUUUACAAGGUAAAUCAAGCGCAUUUCAAUCCGGCUUUCGGUUAAGCUCUCCACGUUACCUGGAAUUCAACCGACAACUUUCCAAUAAAAAUUAUGAUGACGGAGAAGUUGGAACAGGCGACAAUUGGAUUGAGAGAUCAUUUCCUGUGGAUACAGAAGAAGGAAUCAGUACGAAGAAAGUAGAGGACUACAAUCUUGGCAUCUCGGGAGAAGCCUUUCAAACUGGUUCGUUGAGUAAAAAGAUGUUCGAUGCAAUUUGCUCCCGAACCUCCUUGGAUAUGAGCGACGAAAUUCGGGAGGCCUUUGUUUUAUAUGCCAUGGAUUUCACAGCCAAAGAAGCUGCACGUGCAGCCUUAUCACAAAACGGAUUGGAGAUGGUUCUACAAGAAGAAGAAGAAGACCAAGGAAUGUGGGGAGACGUGGAAGCGAUUCGUUUGUACAAUGUAGAAACAGGCAGUGCCAUUGCAAAGAUGUAUGAUUCAUUGGAAGAUGCAGUCAAAGACUGGACGCCUGGUCAAACUUUUGAUUUUGUAGCGCGACAAGUUCCUGCCAAGAUCAGAGAGCUAUCGUUGGACGAGCUCGUUGACGCCCUGGAUCCUGAAGGCAAAAUCCGUGCGGAAACUGGUGAAAAAUCGGCACCUGACGAGGAGGCACUCUUAUCAAUCUUUGAUGAGACAGACAUUUCUUCGCUAUCUGACUUGGCAGCAGACAACAUUCGACGGACUGAGAAUACUCCUCGUAUAGCAACCAGAGAAGAUGAAGCUUUUGCUGGCUUGUCCUCCAAAGGAUAUAAUGUGAUCAAGAGAAGCGAUCUCUCUCUUACCGCGAGAAAUGCAGAUGGCUCUGAAAAUGAAAAGACUCUUCUACACGUCAUGGAUGCACUAGUCUCACAUGGAGUUUUGAUCGUGGACAUGUCAGAUGGUGGGUCCAAGUUUGAUGAUACCAAGGUGCUUGCAGAUAUGUGGCAGGUCACUGGUGACUUUUUUGAAAAGGUGCAAGAUGAUGCUGUUGCAGCUGAAUUGUUGCCUGGAAUGGAGGUUGUAGCGGAGACUGGCUCUCAACAUGCAAGAGUUGGAUACUCGUCCUUCGAUAACGGCUCCUUGAAGUUCCUGGAAACCAGAAGAGAGCGAAAUUCGGGAGAUAUUCUCCCUAAAGAAUUGACUGAUGUCGUCGGUGCCGAUGGCGUCCAAUCUUUCUCGUCUGCCUUUGAUGUGAUUACAAGUGCCUGCAAAGAUGUUGUGCGUAUUGCAGUCGCAACUUGCAGUGUGGAGUACGGCGCCUUCCAAAAGGGUAAGAAUCAAGGUGCACGAGCUUCCGAAGCUGCCAAUCUUUUGGUCCAGGAGGUCAUUGACGACGGGAAGCCCAUGCGAAGUACAGACAUUGAGCACAGUGAAGGAACCGUGAGUAUGAGUCCACAUCGCCUAGGCCAGUAUUCUGAGAGCAGCGAGGCCGAGACUGCAGCCCGUGAGGUGUUUGGUGCCCAUGUAGACGCCUCCUUCAUUACUGCCGUUCCAGUUGCCGCAAUUAGUGGGUUGGAGGUUUAUGAUGAAGAUUCGGAGAAAUGGUACCGUCCCGAACUGAAGGCACGAGAAACAUGGGAAGCAGAAAAGAAAGAAAAAGGAGGAGAUUCUUCCGCAGUGGUAGAAGAGCUGAAGUGUGGCGCUACCGUCCCAUGGCAUUCUAGAUACCUCGUCGUCAUGGCUGGCGAGCAACUCCAAGUUGCAACUCGAAAUGAAAUCCCUGCGACAGUUCACCGAGUGGUAGCAGCUAAGGAUGGCCCAUCCCGACUAAGUGCGCCAAUACUUCUACGCCCAAGACCAGGAACCAAAUUUCAUGUGGACCGAUACUUGGGAGGAACAAUGGGAAAUGCGUUGUUGCUGGAGUGUGACGGCAAGACAAUGGAGGAGAUCUAUGACGCUACUCAACCCCAAUCGUAUCAGUAG